AGUGGCCCCAGCGCCAUGAGGCCGCCGACCACCGCCCCCUGCCUGGGGCGCGCCCGGUGGAACCCGUGGAGGAGAUUUCUACUACUCACCCUGGCUCUCUUCGUGGACGUGGGUCAUGCUCAGAGGUACCCAGUGGGAAGAUACGAGCCGGCUGACAGGGACGCGAGUCGGCUGUGGCACCCCGGGGGCAGCCAUCCCGCAGCGGCUGCAGCCAAGGUGUACAGUCUGUUCCGGGAGCAGGACGCGCCCGUCGCGGGCUCGCUGCCUGCCGAACUGGCCCAACCCGGCUGGGGGAGCCCCAGGAGGUCCGCCGAGACGGAGGCCAGGAGGCCGCCCCGCGCGCAGCAGCCGCGGCGAGUCAGGCCACCUGCGCAGACCUGGAGAAGCAGUCCCUUGGGCCAGCAGCAGGUCGCACCCCGGGCACGGGCCGCCCCGGCUCUCCCGCGCUUUGGGACCCAGCAGCGACCGGGGGCUGCGCCCCCAACUCCGCCGCGAAGGCGGCUCACGGGGAGGAACGUCUGUGGGGGAAAGUGCUGCCCAGGAUGGACAACAGCAAACAGCACCAGCCACUGUAUCAAACCCGUGUGCCAGCCACCGUGCCAGAACAGGGGCUCCUGCAGCCGGCCCCAGCUCUGCGUGUGCCGCUCCGGCUUCCGCGGAGCCCGCUGCGAGGAGGUCAUCCCCGAGGAGGAAUUUGACCCCCAGAACUCCAGGCCAGCCCCCCGACGCUCAGCCGAGGGCUUGCCCAACUUGCGCAGGAGCAGCCCAGCCCGAGAAAGCACAGCGGCCAGACCACGGCCACUGACACCAGAGCUGCCACCAGCCAGGCAGCCCUUGCCGGCUGGGACCCUGAGUGGGCUCAGCCAGACCCACCCCUCCCAGCAGCGCGUGGGUCUGUCCCGGACCGUCCGGCUUUACCCGGCCACCCCAGCCAAUGGCCAGCUGACUUCCAAUGCCCUGCCCAUGGGGCCAGGCCUUGAGCAGAGGGAUGGUGCCCAGCAGGCAACAUAUCCAGACCGCCUGUCAUCCCCCUGGGGGCUGAACCUCACGGAGAAAAUCAAGAAGAUCAAGAUUGUCUUCACUCCUACCAUCUGCAAGCAGACGUGUGCCCAUGGGCACUGUGCCAACAGCUGCGAGCGUGGCGACACCACCACCUUGUACAGCCAGGGUGGUCACGGGCAUGACCCCAAGUCUGGCUUCCGCAUCUAUUUCUGCCAGAUCCCCUGCCUGAAUGGAGGCCGCUGCAUCGGCAGGGAUGAGUGCUGGUGCCCCACCAACUCCACCGGGAAGUUCUGUCACUUGCCCACCCCAAAGCCGGACAGGGAGCUUGCAGAGAGGGGCUCCCACCACAGGGCCCUGCCUGAGGGCCCCUUGAGGCAGUCCACCUUCACCCUGCCGCUCUCCAACCAGCUGGCCUCUGUGAACCCCUCCUUGGUGAAGGUGCACAUUCACCACCCGCCCGAGGCCUCCGUGCAGGUCCACCAAGUGGCUCGGGUGCGGGGCGGGGCGGAGGAGGCCCCGGAGGAGAACAGCGUGGAGACCAGACCCUCGCCCCGGCUUCCUGCCAGCCCUGGCCACGGCCACCGGGACAGCAACAGCAUCCCCACUCGGUCUGGAGAGGCCCCCCGACCACUGCCCCCGGCAGCACCCAGGCCUCGGGGACUACUGGGCCGGUGUUACCUGAGCGCUGUGAAUGGCCAGUGUGCCAACCCCCUGUUGGAGCUGACUGCCCAAGAGGACUGCUGUGGCAGUGUGGGGGCCUUUUGGGGGGUGACCUUGUGUGCCCCAUGCCCACCCAGACCAGCCUCCCCAGUGAUUGAAAAUGGCCAGCUGGAGUGUCCCCAGGGGUACAAGAGACUAAACCUCACUCACUGCCAAGAUAUCAACGAGUGCCUGACGCUGGGCCUGUGCAGGGACUCGGAGUGCGUGAACACCAGGGGCAGCUACCUGUGCACCUGCAGGCCCGGCCUCAUGCUAGAUCCGUCUAGGAGCCGCUGUGUGUCGGACAAGGCUGUCUCCAUGCAGCAGGGCCUGUGCUACAGGUCCCUGGGGCCCGGCACCUGCACCCUGCCUCUGAGCCAGAGGAUCACCAAGCAGAUAUGCUGCUGCAGCCGAGUAGGCAAAGCAUGGGGCAGCAAGUGCGAGAAAUGCCCCCAGCCUGGCACAGAGUCCUUCAGGGAGAUCUGCCCUGCCGGCCACGGCUAUACCUACUCGAGCUCAGACAUCCGCCUGACCGUGAGGAAAGCCGAGGAGGAGGAACUGGCCAGGCCCUCAAGGGAGCGAGGGCCGAAGCACGACGGGACCCUGCCCAGGCCUGUGGAGAGGCAGCCACUCCGGGAGGUCACCAGCACCUGGCUGGAGGCCGAGACCAUCCCUGACAAGGGUGACUCUCGUGCUGGCCAGGUCAUAGCCAGAGUUACCCAAGUACCUGCCUGGGUCCCAGGAGAUGCCACAGAAAGACCAACGCCACCACCGCCUGGACAGGGGAUCCCAGGAACCCAGGAAGAAGAGCCCAUGACCACGCCAGCCAACGUGCUGGUGACCUUGGGGCCCCCAGAUAUUGACAGGUGUGCCGCCGGAGCCACCAGCAUCUGUGGCCCCGGAACCUGUGUGAACCUCCCAGAUGGAUACAGAUGCCUGUGCAGCGCCGGCUACCGGCUGCACCCGAGCCAGGCCUAUUGCACAGAUGACAAUGAGUGUCUGAGGGACCCCUGCAUGGGAAAAGGGCGCUGUGUCAACCACGUGGGCUCCUACUCCUGCCUCUGCUACCCUGGCUACACCCCGGCCCCCUCAGGGACCACGCAGGGAUGCCAAGACGUAGACGAGUGUGAGCAGCCAGGGACGUGCCGUGGGGGCCGGUGCACCAACACAGAGGGCUCCUACCACUGCGAGUGUGACCAGGGCUACAUCAUGGUCAGGAAGGGACACUGCCAAGAUAUCGACGAAUGCCGUCACCCUGGCACCUGCCCUGAUGGGAGAUGCGUCAACUCCCCCGGCUCCUACACUUGCCUGGCCUGCGAGGAGGGCUACAGGGGCCAGAGCGGGCGCUGCGUAGAUGUGAAUGAGUGCCUGACCCCCGGGGUCUGUGCCCAUGGAAGGUGCCACAACCUGGAGGGCUCCUUCAGAUGCUCUUGUGAGCAGGGCUACGAGGUCACCUCAGAUGGGAAGAGCUGUCAAGAUGUCAACGAGUGUGCCAGCCGGGCCUCGUGCCCCACAGGCCUCUGCCUCAACACCGAGGGCUCCUUCGCCUGCUCAGCCUGCGAGAGUGGGUACUGGGUGAAUGAAGACGGCACUGCCUGCGAAGACCUAGACGAGUGUGCCUUUCCGGGAGUCUGCCCCUCCGGAGUCUGCACCAACACUGCCGGCUCCUUCUCCUGCAGGGACUGUGAUCAGGGCUACCGGCCCAGCCCCCGGGGCCACACCUGUGAAGAUGUGGAUGAGUGUGAAGACCUCCAGAGCAACUGCCUGGGAGGCGAGUGCAAGAACACGGCUGGCUCCUACCAGUGCCUCUGCCCCCUGGGCUUCCAGCUGGCCAAUGGCACUGUGUGUGAGGAUGUGAACGAGUGCAAGGGAGAGGAGUACUGCGCACCCCACGGCGAGUGCCUCAACAGCCAUGGAUCCUUCUUCUGUCUCUGUGCACCGGGCUUUGUCAGCGCCGAGGGAGGCACCAGCUGCCAGGAUGUGGACGAGUGUGCAGUCACAGACUGGUGCCUGGGAGGGCGCUGUGUCAACACUGAGGGCUCCUUCAACUGUCUGUGUGAGACUGGCUUCCAGGCCUCCCCAGAGAGCGGGGAGUGUGUGGAUAUUGAUGAAUGUAAGGACUACGGAGACCCGGUGUGUGGGGCCUGGAGGUGUGAGAAUAGCCCUGGCUCCUACCGCUGUGUCCUGGGCUGCCAGCCUGGCUUCCACAUGGCCCCGACCGGAGACUGCAUUGACAUAGACGAGUGUGCCAAUGACACCGUGUGUGGGAGCCACGGCUUCUGCGACAACACGGAGGGCUCCUUCCGCUGCCUCUGCGACCAGGGCUUUGAGACCUCGUCCUCCGGCUGGGACUGCGUUGACGUGAACGAGUGUGAGCUCAUGCUGGCAGUGUGUGGGGCGGCACUCUGUGAGAAUGUGGAGGGCUCCUUCCUCUGCCUCUGUGCCAGCGACCUGGAGGAGUACGACGCCCAGGAGGGGCGCUGCCGCCCGCGGGCGGCUGGAGGUCAGAGUGUCCCCGAGGCCCCGCCAGGGGACCACGCCUCGGGCCCCACCCGCAUGGAAUGCUACUCUGGGCACAAAGGCCAGCCGCCCUGCUCCAGCCUCCUGGGCCGGAACACCACCAAGGCCGAGUGCUGCUGCACCCAGGGCACCAGCUGGGGAGACGCCUGUGACAUCUGCCCCGCCGAGGACUCGGUCGAAUUCAGCGAGAUCUGCCCUAGUGGUAAAGGCUACAUCCCUGUGGAAGGAGCCUGGAUGUUUGGACAGACCACGUACACAGAUGCCGACGAGUGUGUGAUGUUUGGGCCUGGUCUCUGCCAGAACGGCCGCUGCCUCAACACGGUUCCUGGCUACAUCUGCCUGUGCAACCCUGGUUACCACUACGACGCCACCGGCAGGAAGUGUGAGGACCACGACGAGUGCCAGGACAUGGCCUGUGAGAAUGGCGAGUGUGUGAACACGGAGGGCUCCUUCCACUGCUUCUGCAGCCCGCCCCUCACCCUGGACCUCAGCCAGCAGCGCUGCAUGAACAGCACCAGCGGCGUGGAGGACCUGCCUGACCACGACAUCCACAUGGACAUCUGCUGGAAAAAAGUCACCAAUUAUGUGUGCAGCCAACCCCUGCAUGGGCACCGCACCACCUACACAGAGUGCUGCUGCCAGGACGGCGAGGCCUGGAGCCAGCAGUGCGCGCUGUGCCCCCCCAGGAGCUCUGAGGUCUACGCUCAGCUGUGCAAUGUGGCCCGGAUUGAAGCAGAGCGGGAGGCCGGGGUCCACUUCCGCCCAGGCUAUGAGUAUGGCCCCGGGCCCGAGGACCUGCACUACAGCCUCUAUGGCCCAGAUGGGGCCCCCUUCUACAACUACCUGGGCCCCGAAGACACCGUCCCUGAGCCGCCCUUCUCCAACACAGCCAGCCACCCAGGGGACCACGCUCCAGGCCCCGAGUCUCCCCUGCAGCCCUCAGAACUCCAGCCCCGCUAUGUGGCCAGCCAUCCAGAACACCAGGCCGGCUUCGAAGGGCUUCAGGCCGAGGAGUGCGGUAUCCUGAACGGCUGUGAGAACGGCCGCUGUGUACGCGUGCGGGAGGGGUACACCUGUGACUGCUUCGAGGGCUUCCAGCUGGACAUGGCCCACAUGGCCUGUGUAGAUGUGAAUGAGUGUGAUGACUUGAAUGGACCUGCGGCACUCUGUGCCCAUGGUCACUGCGAGAACACAGAGGGCUCCUACCGCUGCCGCUGCCCCCCAGGUUAUGUGGCCGAGGCAGGGCCGCCCCGCUGCACUGCCAAGGAGUAGCAGUGAGGGGUCAGUGUGGACAGCUACCUGGAGAAGGGCCCUGGCGGAGGCCUUGAGGACGCCCUCCUGGCUGGGAAGACGCCGUGAAGACACCCGGCAGGAGGCCCUGCAGCCGCACUCCCAGCCAGCCUUGCCUGCUUUUCACCUCCCAGCUUAGGCUUUGGCUGCGAGCCCGCCACGGCCUCCAUGCUACCAUGCCCCUGCUUGGCUCCAACACCACCAAAUGCUUUAAUGCUUCAGCCACUCGCCGUGAGGCCCAGUCCACCAUCUGUCCUGGCCUUGCCACGGGAUGCGUACCAGAGGAUGGCCCUCGCUCUCCCCCUCAAGCUGUGCAAACACGCAAGGUCCUUCGGCCUCCCACUGCA